AUGGCGGCUAAUAAAAGCGCGCCCGACAGGACGCCGUUGAUAUGUACAAGGAAUGAGAUCUAUUCGAGAAUAAUAUCCCCGGUCGGGAUUGUUUACGGGCUCAGCUCUCGGUCGGAUUGGUCCGCUAGUUCGCCGCGAGCACAGACGGUGCGCCCGUGCACACAGGAAACGCUGCCGAUAAGCGGAACGCCGAUAACAUCGCCGCGGCCGUCGCGGUGCCGGGCUCCGGUCGUGUUUGUCAUCCGUAUCACGUGGCGCUCCGCUCGCCCAUGCCCAUUGCUCACCUCACCGGCGACCGGCCGCCGCGUUAGUUGUGGCGGGCUGCCCGCACCGGCACACCGUCGCCGUCGACGUUCGCGCGCCAACGUCUACGCGGCGAAACACGCGACACGUGCACGAACAUUGUUGCACAACAAUACGCCGCGCGUAGGCAAGGACGCCCCGGCGAUGCGGCCGUAUCGGCCCGGUGGCCGCAAUCGCAUCGGCACCGUCGGACGUGUCACGUCCGGUCGCGGCCAGACGCCUAAA